CAGGGGGCUGGGGCUCCUCCACACCCCAAUUCAUCUCCCUAGCGGCCCCACGAGCCCCGCCAGUGAGUCAGACCUGAAGGAAGUCGGGGAGGGGGCGGGCCUUGACCCUGGGCUGGGCUUUCCCCUGGGCAGGUCCCAAGUCCUCACCUCCCCUCUCAAGUCUCCCACGACGUUCCCACCCGCUCCUGAGAGCAGAGCUGGCCGCAGCCAUGACCCCGCAGCUUCUCCUGGCCCUUGUCCUCUGGGCCAGCUGCCCGCCCUGCAGUGGAAGGAAAGGGCCCCCAGCAGCUCUGACACUGCCCCGGGUGCAAUGCCGAGCCUCUCGGUACCCGAUCGCCGUGGAUUGCUCCUGGACCCUGCCGCCUGCUCCAAACUCCACCAGCCCCGUGUCCUUCAUUGCCACGUACAGGCUCGGCAUGGCUGCCCGGGGCCACAGCUGGCCCUGCCUGCAGCAGACGCCAACGUCCACCAGCUGCACCAUCACGGAUGUCCAGCUGUUCUCCAUGGCUCCCUACGUGCUCAAUGUCACCGCCGUCCACCCCUGGGGCUCCAGCAGCAGCUUCGUGCCUUUCAUAACAGAGCACAUCAUCAAGCCCGACCCUCCAGAAGGCGUGCGCCUAAGCCCCCUCGCUGAGCGCCAGCUACAGGUGCAGUGGGAGCCUCCCGGGUCCUGGCCCUUCCCAGAGAUCUUCUCACUGAAGUACUGGAUCCGUUACAAGCGUCAGGGAGUGGCGCGCUUCCACCGGGUGGGGCCCAUUGAAGCCACGUCCUUCAUCCUCAGGUCUGUGCGGCCCCGAGCCAGGUACUACGUCCAAGUGGCGGCUCAGGACCUCACAGACUACGGGGAACUGAGUGACUGGAGUCUCCCCGCCACUGCCACGAUGAGCCUGGGCAAGUAGCAAGGGCUUCCCGCUGCCUCCAGACAGCACCUGGGUCCUCGCCACCCUAAGCCCCGGGACACCUGUUGGAGGGCGGAUGGGAUCUGCCUAGCCUGGGCUGGAGUCCUUGCUUUGCUGCUGCUGAGCUGCCGGGCAACCUCAGAUGACCGACUUUUCCCUUUGAGCCUCAGUUUCUCUAGCUGAGAAAUGGAGAUGUACUACUCUCUCCUUUACCUUUACCACAGCGCAGGGCUGACUGAACUGCCACUGUGAGAUAUUUUUUAUUGUUUAAUUAGAAAAGAAUUGUUGUUGGGCUGGGCGCAGUGGAUCGCACCUGUAAUCCCAGUUACUGGGAAGCCGACGUGGGAGGGUGGCUUGAGGCCAGGAGCUCGAGACCAGCCCAGGCCACAUAGCAAGACCCCAUCUCUAAAAAAUUAAUAUAAAUAUAAAAUAAAUUAGCCAGGUGUGAUGUUGCGCACCCACAGUCCCAACUACUUGGGAGGCUGAGGUGGGAGGAUCACUUGAGUCCAGGAGGUUAAGGCUGCAGUGAGCUGUCAUCACACCACUGCCUUCAUGCCUGGGCAACAGAGCAAGACCCUGGUUUUUUUGUUUGUUUGUUUGUUUGUUUUAAUCAUAGUUGAAGCUGGGUGCGGUGGCUCACGCCUGUAAUCCUGACGCCGAGGCGGGCAGAUCACGAGGUCAGGAGUUCGAGACCAGCCUGACCAACAUGGCGAAACCCGGUCUCUACUAAAAAUACAGAAAUUAGCUGGGCAUGGUGGCCUGCGCCCGUAAUCCCAGCUACUCAGGAGGCUAAGGCAGGAGAAUCGCUUGAACCUGGGAGGCAGAGGUUGCAGUGAGCUGAGAUUGCACCACUGCACUCCAGCCUGGGCAACAGAGCAAGACUCCGUCUCAAAACAAAAACAAAAAAAAUAAUAGUUGAAAUGAAGACUCCAGCUGGGUAUGGUGGCUCACGCCUGUAAUCUCAGCACUUUGGGAGGCCAAGGCAGGUGGAUCACUUGAGGUCAGGAGUUCAAGACCAGCCUGGCCAACAUGGUGAAACCCUGUCUCGACUGAAAAUACAAAAAUUAGCCAGGCGUGGUGGUGGGUGCCUAUAAUUCCAGCUACUUGGGAGGCUGAGGCAGGAGAAUUGCUUGAACCCGGGAGGCAGAGGUUGCAGUGAACUGAGAUCUCGCCACUGUACUCCAGCCUGAGCGACGGGGUGACUAAGACUCCAUCCGAAAAAAAAUAAGGAAAUGAAGACUCCUCUUUUCACUUAGAUGAGCUCCAGCGAGGACUUAGCCCUAAACCAAAGGACACAGACACCACAAAUCCCCACUCCCAUAGUGUCAGGGCUGGACCAGGGGACAUCAUGGGCCUGGGGAUGCCAGGGUGGGGUGGCAGGGAUUCCGCCUGGAGUGGGACAGUAGAAUCCAUUCAGGGGCAGGUGCGGUGGCUCACGUCUGUAAUCCCAGCACUUUGAGAGGCCGAGGCGGGUGGAUCACAAGGUCAGGAGUUCAAGACCAGCCUGGCUAAGAUGGUGAAACCCCAUCUCUACUAAAAAUAAUAGUACAAAAAAUUAGCCAGGCGUGGGUAUCCGCCUGUAGUCCCAGCUACUCGGGAGGCUGAGGCAGAAGAAUCACUUGAACCCAGGAGGUGGAGGUUGCAGUGAGCCAAGAUCGCGCCACUGCAUUCCAGCCUGGGCGACAGAGCGAGACUCGAUCUCGAAAAAAAAAAAAAAGGAAUCCAUUAAGAAUCCAUUCAGAUUAGCAGUUAGGCUGGUUCGCCCAAUGUCAGCCUCGUUGAGGAUAGACACCAAUAAGGUAUGAGUGGCUCUGGGGAGAUUUAACUGAACAGUGGGCAAGGAAGGCAGCCAGGCCCUGAAGGAGAGAGAAACAGCCUUGGGCUUGUCUGUGGGUUCCACUUGGGUCACCAGUCAAAGGUCACCUCCUCCGAGAAGCCUUCCCUGACUACCCCAUCUGUGGCAGGUAGAGUAACACUCCCCAAUCCCGCAAAGACAUCCAUAUUCCAAUCUCCAGAGCUCACGAAUAUUUUGCCUGAUGCAGCCAAAGGAACUUUAUAGGAGUGAUUACAUUAAUAAUCUCAAAGGUCUUUAAAGAUGAAAGAUCUUUCAUCAAAUUAAUGAAAAUGGGCCGGGCACAGUGGCUCACGCCUGUAAUCCCAACACUUCAUGAGGCCAAGGCAGGAGAAUUGCUUGAGGCCAAGAGCUCCAGACCAACCUGGGCAACACAGUGAGACCCCCAUCUCUAAAAAAAUAAAAUAGGCCAGGCAUGGUGGCUCAUGCCUGUAAUUCCAGCACUUUGAGAGGCCGAGGCGAGUGGAUCACGAGGUGGGGAGUUCGAGACCAGCCUGACCAAUAUGGUGAAACCCUGUCUCUACUAAAAAAUACAAAAGUUAGCCAGGCGUUGUGGCACACACCUGUAGUUCCAGCUACUCGGGAGGCUGAGGCAGAAGAAUUACUUGAACCUGGGAGGGGGAGGUUGCAGUGAGCCAAGAUCGUACCACUGCACCCUAGCCUGGCAACAGAGCGAGACUCCGUCUCAAAAAAAAAAAAAAAAAAAUUAAAAAUUAGCUGGGCUUGGUGGCUCACAGCUAUAGUUCCAGCUACUUGGGAGGCCAAAGUGGCAGAAUCUCUUGAGUCCAGGUGGAAGAGGCUACAGUGAGCUGUGAUCACAUCUCUGCACUCCAGCCUGGGUAACAGAGAAAGACUCCAUUUCAAAAAAAAAA